AUGACAAACAUGCUGGAGAAGAAGUUUACUAAUAAAGAUUUAGGAAUUGAGUUAAAAUCAUUUAUUGACAAACAACAAAAUAUUUGGUUUCUUGGUCAAGAGGUAGCUGAGAUACUUGGCUAUAAAGACACUAAUCAAGCAAUUAGAAAACAUGUUGAGGAAGAGGAUAAAUAUAAAGGGGCCGUCAAAACGACGGGUCAGGUCAAAAGCUGCCCCGUCAAAACGACGGGUUAUUCCGAAAAAUCUUUUCCCGUCGUUUCGACGGGUUAUUCCAAAAGAGGUAGACCUCCUAUUUUUAUAAAUGAAUCUGGUUUCUACUCCCUUUUGUUAUCCUCUAAAUUAGAAACAGCUAAGAAGUUUAAACAUUGGGUUACUUCACAAGUCCUUCCUUCAAUAAGAAAAUAUGGACAAUAUAAAUUGUUUGAUAGUCCUUGGAAUAAGAUGAUAAUGAUUGGUAAUGAGAGAGACCUUCAUUACAAA